CUUUUACACUAAUCGCAUACUAGCUUUAACCGUGUCAGUCUAUCGCAGGAUGCCUACCAAGCAGACACGGUAAGAUUGUAUGGCACGUCCGGCACCGAGAACGAUGAUGGUGACGACUGUGCCCGCUAGCAAUGGCUGCGAAUGACAGGUGAAACUUGCUUGAGACAACAGUAAGCCAAGCAAAACGGGCAGCAGCGAAGGUGAUGGGAUCGUGAAAGUGGAUAGGAAAAAACUAACUCUUCAAAGCAAGAAGCUUAACAAGGUAGUAAAGACAACAAGGUAAUCAAGCAACGGACGAACAGGCAGGCGCUCGACCGACCGAAUAGGGCUGUAGAUCGCUCGCUUCGUACAAGAUCGACCAAAAAGCUCCGCGUCCAUUUGUAGGCCAGGCAAACAGGCAGGCAAGUAUUAGUGGUGGCGGCCGACAAGGUCACACGACGUCCGAUAUCAGAUCCGAACUGAUGGUCUUAGACGAACCAAAACAAAAACGAAGAUACGUUUCAACCUGGCCAUGAGCAGAAUUUCAGCGAGAGAAUACAACGAACGGACGAUCCGAAAAUCAUACUUGCUUACGUAUCCGUCCGGACGGACGGACGCCUUGUACAUGAUGGUGGUAGUGAACGCGGAAUGGCGUUACGCUCGCUUUUGUUGAGCACGAAAAAAUAGUUACAGGGUAGGAUUGGUGGCAACGGAAAAGAGUAAGGAGUCAACGGGCAUUACCGCACAGAAAAUAGAAGGCAUCAAGUGAGCACGAGUGUCACGCGUUUUCUUUACUCUAGCGGCUCAUGUUUAUGGUGAAGUGUAGUUAAAUUGUGCCAUAGUAACUAUUAUUCUGGGUAACGACUACGAGUGAUUGGAAACUGUUUGCCCCAUCUUCGCUUAUUUGUCAGUGAUAUACAUUUAGUUGAAAGAAACUGUGCAAAGUGGUUAAUCCCUCGUGAUUGUAAUAAUAAUAAGUGAUAAAUUAGAGAUUUGUUAACUCCAUUUAGUUCAUCGAGCUCGAAUAGAUUUGAUAUAGUGAAAUGCUAGCGUUGAACCAAUCGUUUGAUGAGGGCACAAACAUGCCAUAAAGGGGAGGCAGUGAAACCCCUUUAGUUGGCCUCUUGCUUCUUUUUCUGUCCUUACUUCUUUGAUACGGUAUCUGUUGUUUCUGGGCUAAUCUCCAGAACGCUCUCGAGGGGGAACAUUCUAUCGGAGCUCUAGUACACUGGCGGGUCCGGCUCGAAACGUACUACAUGCCCCUUGCAUGUUCAAGGACAAGCCUCCAGUCCUGCUGAUCCCGGUGGCUGCGCACUGAGACCUAGCCAACACUCAACUCCCCAUCAUCUAGAUUCGAUUGCCUGCUGUAACGCGCCUUGCCUAGUGGGCAACUAGAGGUGAAGCAGUGCAAUGUUAACUUUCGAUAGUGCGUCCAUACUGUUCAAAAGUAUAUUCAGCCAAACUAGAUAAAUAGCCGCCAUUUACAAAAGCUACAUCACACUAGAACAGAGACACCGAUCAGUCGCUUUACCUCAGACUGAAAGAAUCUAUGCCAUAGAAGGUCGACACGUGAAAAUAAAGCAGCUAUCGUAAAGCUGCUAGUUGUAACGUCCGACACACACGUUCGGAUCAUAUUAGUGUACGUGUCUCAUCGCGAAAAAACCGCGUCUGCAGCCACGUCCGUGAGUGGCACCGUCAGCCUUGCAUCCAUCUCAUAAAUAUAAAGAAAGAAACUAUCGAAAAGUAGGGCUUAGUUGUUAGCAAGCGCUCAUUACCUCGUUAGCUAUAAGAGUCUAGGAAAGGUGUGCGCUUCUGUGCAAAAAAGUAGCAAAUAUGAAGGAUAAUAAAACCAUACACCGUAAGUCGGAGUAUCGGCGAGCCUACCGCUGUAUCAGUAAUCAAAAGAGACAUGACAUUUGGCAGGAAAAUGCCGAAUAUCGACAGGAGCGGCGUCGAAGAGAUUUCGGCCAUGAGAGCUGGAGUUGGGAUACAAAUUCAUCCGAUGAUGAAUGCACAUGCGGCUGUGGGAUGAGCGACGCCCUCAUGUCGUACCGAGAUUUCAGCAAGAGUAUGGGGGAUCUUCGGCCGGAAGAGUUGGGCGAUCGAGAACAUAACUGUGACGAUCGAUCAUCAGCGGGAAGCAGCCCGAAGGAUCCGUCGAGUCCGAGACACUCUGGUCACCUUAACCACAGUAAUCGAACAGGGACGCUUGUACAACGUUUCGCCGAUAAGUCUGUGUCUACCGAUGGUCUUGCAAGCUUUAUCGAGAAGGCCACUCAAACUGAGCAAUCAUCAACAAGGGCUUGCGUCAGCCAAGUAGCAAAUAACCAAGCAAAUGCCGGUGUACGCGAAAAGAAACUGAUACCGAAGGUUAGAUUUACAGCUCCCGCGGAUCAGCUUCGACGGAACUCGACGGAGGCUGUUAAAUCCAGACCAAAUUCGGCUAUCUAUCAAUCUGAGUACCGGUCCAGCUUCGUGCCCAUACGCUUUUGAUGAAUACACCAAGAAAACAAAGAAAAGGAUGCAUAGAUAGCAACGUCACAGCAUCAUGAUGCAGUGAUGUUACUACGGAAAGGGGGGGGGGUGUUGACAGCAUCCUCGAGUCCUAAUCGUUGGUUUUCGGUCCUGGUAUCCAACAUACGGAAUUUCCGAUGCAAUCUUUUUACUCGAACACAUGAUCGCUGUAUCGGUAAUGAUAAUGGCGGCUUAUUAGAUAUUUAUUCCAAAAUAGAGAAUGUUUUUAGCUGUAUCCUUAAUCAUAGGCUGGGCACUGCCACGCAAGGUCCUUUUUAAUUUAUUCCCAACCCGUUUGCCCUUCGCGCCCGAAAGUCACGGUUGGUAGAAAACCCAGCUUUGCUUGAUCUAACCCACGUAAUGAUGACCAUUAAAAAAGCUCAUGAAGAAUUUUUCAAAACAACACAGUUCACUGCCAUAUAUACAUUUAUCCCAAAAAUAUAUGCAUAUAUCUAUAUACAAGUGAAAGUCUCUGUAUUUUCCGAAUAGAAUUUACAGUGAUGUUAACAACGUACAAUAUGACUAUAUGUACUGCUAAUCCACGAACCAAUUUUAUGUUAUCAUUCAUGUGACAGUGAGCACCAGCGGAACAAUAUAAUUAAAUCAAUCUCAUACUCAUGGGCUGCCUCCUUUAACAUGUAGAGAGUCAAAUAAAGCUUCUUGCAAUAAUCACGA